AUGAGCCAGUCAUCGGUGACUCUUGCCAACACCUUACUCGUGAAAGGAGGAGCUUUAUCUGAGGAAGAAAUGUGGUCUCUCUUGUUUCUGGCCACUGAACAGAUUCUUGAAGAUCUCAACAAGGGUUCCUCUAAUUACAUAGUCUGCCCUUGGUCAACUCUGUUGCAUGCUACGGGAAGCCUUUCCUUCCAGGACAAUGUUUCCUUUAUAGAGGCCACCCCCUUCAAAGCCCCAGAAAUACUUCAAGGACGGGGUCAAAACCCACAACUGGAAAUAUCAAAGCCUCUUCAACUGAGUGAGCCAUUGCUUUCCAUUUUGCUAAUGAUGUGUGAAGAUCUGCCUCAGAAACGUGCUUCUCUCCCACUCAUUUGGGAGGCUUGUUGUGUCUAUCAGAAAGAAGCCGCCGUAUCUCUAACACACCUCCACAUAAAGAGAUUGGUCAGCCUUGUUCUGGGAAGCAUCACAGAGAUGGAGCAGAUUGUUGUUGAAGAAAGCAAAUUUGUGCAACGGAAUAGAAGUUACAUGAUAAGGAGGAGACUACAUCAGGAACUAAGUGAACUCUCACGGCUGUCCACUCAGAAGACUCUGGAUCCGGAGAGAGACACACGACUGUGGGCUUCAGCAGCCAACAGCUCCAAAUUCUUUCUCAGUGGAUCAACUAGUCUUAUUGUGGAUGAAGUUCCCCCAGGAAUUCAGCAAGAUAACAGGUUCGGCUUGGGAUCAGCCUUCCCUGAGGCACCUGAGAGAUCUACCUCAGUGUUCUCUUCCCAGAGAUGUUUAUUACAAAAGAAGGAAAGGUUCUCAAGACCAGAAUUUAUCCAGUUGACUGGAGAGGCACCAGUGACAUUACUACUACCAGGAUCCAUUGUGACAAAAAAGGGGAAAUCAUAUUUGUCUCAAAGAGAACUCUACGUGGUUCUGCUGAAUGGGCAGUGUUUAGAAGUGAAAUGUGACAUAAAGUCCAAGGCACGAGACGUCUUUAAUUUAGUUAGGACCUGUGCCAACCUAGUUGAAUACUUCUACUUUGGCUUGGCUUUCCAGAAAGGUAAAGAAUUCUUUUUCUUGAAUGAUGAAACCAAGUUAUAUGAAGUGGCACCAGAAGGCUGGAAUGACAGAUCCAAGAAGAAAACCACCAUUGUUAACUUCACACUCUUUCUGAGAAUAAAAUUCUUUGUCAGCCACUUUCACCUUAUCCAGCACAGUCUUACAAGACAUCAAUUUUAUCUCCAGCUCCGGAAAGACAUUCUGGAAGAACGUAUAUACUGCAACGAUGAGAUGUUAUUACAGCUUGGUGCCUUAGCCUUACAAGUGGAAUUUGGGAACUAUAGUCCAGAGGCACAGGGGAAACAUUAUUUUUUGGUUGAAGACUAUAUUCCAGCAAGCAUGAUUGAGAGAAUGACAGCAUCCUGUGCGCAACUGGAGAUCUCAAAACUGCACCGUCACCAUGGUCCCCUAUCUGAAGAAGAAGUUGAACUGGAAUUCUUAAAGCUGACCCAGAAGCUUCCAGAAUAUGGUGUUUUAUUCUAUUGAGUCUUCCAAGAAAAGAAAAUGCCAGAGGCAGAGAUGAGCUUGGGAAUUUGUGCCAAAGGCAUAAUUGUAUAUGAAGUAAAAAACAAUAAUAGAAUUGCAAGUUUACGUUUCCAAUGGCAAGAAAUGGGAAAAAUUUCCACCCAGAGAAAGAAAUUCACCAUUGAAAGCAACAUCAGUGGUAAGAAACACACUUUCAUUACUGAUACUGCCAAGACGUGUAAAUGUUUGCUGGACCUCUGCUCUGACCAGCACCGAUUUAAUGCACAGAUGAGCUCCCGGCAGUUUUCCCAAGUUUUAUCAGAAGAUAAUCAGCUCAUGCAAAUGUUCAGAUCAGAUUCUGCAAAUGUACCCCAACGGGAGUAUCUUCCCCUGAUUCAGAGAUUGUCCUGCUCAGAAAAUAUGUUGCUUGGAUCUAAUCCGGAAAAUACAUCUGGAAGGCUGCUGGACAAAUCAUGUGAUAAUUUCAAUAUGGGAAAUGGUCAUAGGGUUGGAGAUGAAGGCAACCAAGACAGUGCUUCUUUUGGAUGGUCACAGUCAGAGGCAUGUUCUUACAUAACUGAAAACCAAAAGAUGUGCCUGCCAGCUCAGCUGGCACAGAAUAUUGUCACUGGGUCACAAAAUCUCCAAAGAGAAAAUUUUCUAACUGGAUUAGAACGAGAAAUCAUUUGUGUGACUCUAAAAAGAGACCCACAGCAUGGUUUUGGGUUUGUCAUCAUUGGAAGUGAAAAUGUGGGUAAACUGGACCUGGGAAUCUUUAUUGCUUCCAUUAUACCUGGGGGACCUGCUGAGAGAGCAAAAAAGAUCAAGCCAGGAGGGAGAGUAAUCUCCUUGAAUAACAUUAGUUUGGAGGGUGUCACGUUUAAUAUGGCUGUUAAAAUCAUUCAGAAUUCUCCUGACAAGGUGGACCUGAUUGUUUCUCAACCCAAAGACGUCUGUGAGGCAGCACCCACAGAGGGAAUGAACCGUCAGAGAAAACAUGAUCCUGCCAGGGCUGAGGUCUCUCCUGCAGCCGGUGGAAGAAACAGCCUUCAAAGGAGCUGUUCAUCAAACAGCAAAGAGCAAAGCAUAAAUAUUGAUGAGCUAGAGGCGACGCUUUCUUGGAGCUUAGUGCCCAACCUGGGCCAACCUCGGGUUCCAACUCCAUCAGCUGGCAGACUCCACUCAGAGGACGUUGACUCCGCCUACCCUUCACCACCUGCAAAAAUCAACACUGGAGGAACCUACUGGGUGGAAUUGGUUAAGGAAAAUGGGACCUUUGGAAUUAGUGUGACUGGUGGUAUUAACACUAGUGUGCGCUAUGGAGGUAUAUAUGUGAAAUCCAUUGUUCCUGGAGGACCGGCUGCUAAAGAAGGACAAAUUGAGAUUGGUGACCGCCUGCUGGAGGUGGAUGGAGUUAAUCUGUGCGGUAUCACCCACAAGCAGGCUGUUGAAUGCCUCAAGAACUCUCAGCAGGUUGCAAGGCUGGUUUUAGAAAGGAGAGACUGGAGACCGGCAGAGCAGUGUCCAUCUGCUGAUGACAGAAAGAAAGAUGAAUGUGUUGCUGUUUCCUUAGCAACAACCUUGCCUGACAACCCCAAGAGCUGCGCCUUGGUGACAGAUGAUAACACAUUUGAGGUCACUCUGAAGAAGAACUCCAGUGGUCUGGGAUUCAGCUUCCUCCAGAUUGCAAGGGAAAGCUCAGAUCACCUUAGAAGUUAUGUUGUGAGGAUUAAGAGGCUGUUUCCAGGGCAGCCAGCUGAAGAGAAUGGGGAAAUUGCAGUUGGUGAUAUUAUCCUGGCUGUGAACGGAAAGCCUACACAAGGCCUCUCUUACCAGGAAGUCCUUCACCUCCUGAGAGGUGCUCCUGAAAAGGUUACCUUGAGUCUUUGCAGACCACUUAAAGGUAUACUGCCUGAAAUAGACCAAGAUUUGCUGACACCGACGCCCUCUCCAGACAAAGAAUUUACCAGGGCUGAAUGCCUUACUCCAGAACACAGGAGCAACUUGAAUCCAGGUAAUAGUGAGGACAGUUCCUCACUGGAAUCAGAGGAAGAUGUGGGUUCUAAGACAGUAUCUUUCCAUAAGGCCACUGAUGAGGAAGAGUGGGGCUCUGAUGAAAGUGAAGAGAGACCUUGGGGUACAUUAUUAACCCAUCCAGAUGUUUCCCAUGAGUGUUCAUGGAGUCAUCGCCAAGAAACUGCUGUUCCAGAAUUGGUUUCCUCUUUAGAAGAAGAUGUAAGGCAAAAUUGCUACUCAGUUUGUGAUAUAACACCAGAAAGCCCUGAAUUUGAAAGGAGUGACUACGAUCAAUAUCUUAAGUACGGUCAGCCUGCAUUUCCUACCACCCCUGUUGAUGAAGAAUAUCUUACUAUAAGUACUAUGUCUGCAAUUCCACACUCCUAUGGAAGAUGGUUAGAAGAACCUUCAAGGACCACUCUUCAGCCACCAUUUUGCACAUCGAGGCCUCCCUUGGUAUCUUUGCCUAUUGAGGAGUCUGGCAAUAGUGAGGAUGAGUGGGAAGACCUGGAAGAGACCAUAGAGGCAGAGAAUGACCUGCCCAAGGGGGAUGGAGAGAAUGGGGUCUCCUGUGAUGACACCAAAGUGCUUCUCCUGCCUGAUGCUUCUUCUGAACUGAACAUGGUGGCUGACCCCGUGGAAGACCUUUCAGUUUUCCUCAGACCAGAGGAUGUGCCUGAAAUAGUCCUUGUGAAAGAUAGCGAUGGGCAGCUUGGGUUGAAGUUAACAGGAAGAGCUGAAGGUGAUGUACAGGGCAUUUAUGUCUUGGAAAUUGUACCAGGUUCACCAGCCAGCAGAGAAGGCAGCCUUCAGUCAAAGGAUCAAAUCCUGUCUAUCUGUGGAGUAUGGAUGGAGGGCAUCAGUUUAGAUGAAGCUUUGCAAGUGUGUGACGCAGCUGACCACAUAGUCCACAUCCGAGCAAUGAGGGCCUCAGGCUCUAAAUUUAGCAGCCUGGUAUGGGAAAAGCAAUGGCAUUACCCAUCCCCACAUGUUACAGAUGAAGAAGCUGAUGAAGAAGCUGAUGAAGAAGCUCACAUGGCUGAUUUGGAGUUUUUGUUGGUAUCACUGAAAGCAGUAACGAGUGAAAGUGUUGGACUCUGUGGUUAUCUCAUUGAAGUUGACCUGGAAAAAAGAGGGACAGGGAGCUUGGGGUUUGCCCUGACAGGUGGCAGAAAUGGCCACUCAUUUCAAAUCAAAGCAAUUUCCCCUGGUAGCAUUGCCGACCUUGAUGGAAGACUUCAAGCUGGUGACAUUUUGUUGAAGGUGAAUGGCAAAUCAAUAUUGGGUCAACCACACAGGGCAGUUAUUGACCUUAUCCGUCAGACUCAGGGCACCGUCAGGCUUACCGUCCGUCGAAGCACUGAUGUGAAUUCAUCUCAUUCAAGCCAUGGAUACAACACGAUGUUUUCACGAAGGAAAGAUGCAACACUGCCCGGUAGGUCAUAA